ACAGCGAAAUGUUUCAUUGACGAUGCAGAAAAAACUCCUAUAAUUUUGUUUCACUAAUAAUAUCCUGUUAUUUACAAUUUUACUUACUUACACACAGAAAAAUUGGACAAUUUGUCUGCAAUUGAUUCUAAACGGGGAUGGACGUUUUAUAUACGGCAAGGAAUCGAUUCCAAUGCAGCCUUGGCAAAUUGUCGACGUAGAAGGUUGCCUCUACUAUGCCUUCCUUCCAACGAGUCAAACGCCAAAGCUCGCCGAACGGGAGAGAACGAAGUCGACGGACGAUAAUAGUCCGAAGAACAGCGAGGGGGAGGAGACAUUCGUGAUCCCGGCCGAGGAGGAAACGGUCGACAGCGAUCUGUGCCCUGUCAAAAUAAAGAAGGAGGACAUGGACGAGGUUUCGUCGUCGAACGAGGACAAUUACGACGACGCGAAAGGAUACGCCUGCGAGGAGUGCAACAUCUGCUUCCCGGUGAUGCAGAUGUUGAAACGGCACAGGAACGCGGUCCACGAGCAGGCACAGCGAUACAAGUGCAAAGUCUGUUUCAAGAUAUGCCGUAGCCUGGUCGCGUUCAAGAUGCACGUGGCUCUGGAGCACAAGACGGAGGAGGAGGAGGAGGUGAAAGAUUCCGAGAGUCUGACCUAUGCGUGCAACUACUGCAACUACGAGAGCACCAACAAGUCCACCCUUCAUUCCCACAUCAGCAGGAAACACUCGACGAAACGUAUAGGGAGGAGGAAAAGCAGUUACAGGUACACGAGCGAGCCGGAAGAGUAUUCGUGCGACGUGUGCGAGUUCAAGUGUCAGAAUCGGCGCAGAUUGAAGGAACACUUGGAGCGGAAACACGCGUCGGAGUACAAGUACGACUGCGAGUAUUGCGGGAAGAAGUUCAAGGUGAAGGGCGACAUGAGGCUUCACGUGCGAUUCAAGCACAAGGAGGGCCCGAUCGUGUGCGACGUGUGCGGGAAGACGUGCUCGAACAGCAAUUCCCUGUACGUGCACCAGAAGUGGGCGCAUUUCAAACCAAAGUACGAGUGCGAGAUAUGCAAGAGGCGAAUGGUGACGCAGGAGAACCUCGACCAACAUAUUUUGUUGCAACACGAGAGACGGGAGAGCUUCGUGUGCGAGGAGUGUGGGAAGUCGUUCACCGAGAAUCAUCGAUUGAAACAGCAUAUGAUGACUCACACCGGGGACAGGCCUUACGAUUGCCACAUAUGCGGCAAAGCUUUCGCGCGUAGAACGGCUUACAGGCAACACUUGCUCAUCCACACGGGCAAACGGCCGUAUAUCUGUGAUAUCUGCGGUAAGACGUUCACGCAGAAGCCUGGCCUGAUUUGCCACCGGAAGUCGCAUCCAGGAGUCCAUCCUCCCCUGCCUGUCGUGCACAUAGAGCAUAUCCUUAGCGAUUUCAUGAAGAAAGAAUGAUGGGCGGCUGAAUCGCGUGUGUUCGUCGUGCACGUUGGACGGUCGGUGACGUGACAGGAGAAGAUGAGAGGUGUUCUUCCUCCCGUGCGGAGGGGAGAGGGAUCCUUUCGUGUUCUUUUCAUCGAAGAUUUUAUAAUUAGCUAAUUUAAUUGAAUUUUGAACUUGUUAAAUCGAUUGUCAAGUUAUUAUUAAUGUAAAGAGGCGGGGAUCGGUCUUCCUCGAUUAAUUGUUAACGCGUUCUUCAUCUUGGCUGCGUUAAAUUUUCCAUCGAUGGAAAUGGAAAAUUGCGAAGAGCGUAAAUCAUUGUUCGCGCAACGUUACGCCACACAAUUUUAAAUAUUUAACUUUUUAACGGAUUCGAACGAAGUUUGAGGUUUUUUUUUUUUUCAAGCAAUCAAUUUUGCCCACGUUUUCAUUCAAUCUCGUACGCAUAUUCGAAUAUAAGGAAUAAAAGUAAUUUUGUACGAUUCCGUUUGUGUAAGAUCCGAUGUUCACGUGUUUUUUUUUUUUUUCAUUUUUUUUUUUUUUUUUUUUUCUCGAAUUUUAUUCAAGGAACGGAGAACAGCAAGAAUUUGAAAUCUAUCGUGAAAUAUAUUGUACACUCAAGAUGAGAUUACAAAUUUAUUUUAGGCGAAAUCUCGUGGCAGAUAUAACAUAUAUUUUUCUUGACUAUUGUCCAAAAUUCUUACGUAUAAUUGUCUAUGAUCAUUUGAAAUAAAACGACAUGAUUUUCAAUGCGAUUGAAGAUAUAUCGUUAUUUGUCUAAUAUAAUUAAUUAAUAGAAUAGAUAUUGUAUUAUAAUAUUUCCACUUUAUUAUAUUAAUUUAAAUUGAGAAUAAUC